AUGAUCGGUUUAUGGCCUGACGAGAAAUUGAGCCGUCGACAAAAAUUCUGGGCAAGUUUGCGGGCUUUUAUCAUUUUCACUACACUGGUUUCCGCGAUCCUGGUUUCGAUCAUACCCGCGAUAGUUUCAUUGAUAAGAGUUUGGGGCGAUGUGAUAGCAAUAAUAGAUAAUUUCCAAAUUACGCUGCCGAUCUCAGUGAUUGCCAUGAAGAUCAUCAUCAUGUGGCUUCGAAGAAAAGAUCUCUCCACGGUUGUAAGCAUGAUCGUGGCGGAUUGGAUUAGGACGAAGACAAAAGAGGAGCGCGACACUAUGAUAAAGCAGGCGAGAAUUGCGAGAACAAUCAUUGUGUUUGGCUGUAUUAUGAUGGUUCUGGCAAUAGUUAUUAUCGUCAUCCCGCCGUGCUUCGGCUACUCUAUGAGAUAUCUGACAAACAUCACGGAUCCGGGGAAGCCGUUGCUGCUGCAAGCGUCCGUCGACAUCAUCGAAAAUACGUUCAACUUAAUGCUCCUGGCACUGUUAGUGUAUUUCGCUAUAUUAUUUUGUCUUCAAGGCUUUCUGAUAAUUAGCCGUGAUGAUGACAUAGAUUUAGAUUGGGCGAUUGGAAUAAAUCGAAUUUCUCUGAAGAUCAUCGGUCUUUGGCCAACCAACAAGUUAACUCGUCAGCAAAGAAUUUUGGCGGAUGUACGUGCCUUUAUUAUUUUUGUUACAAUGAUGAGCGCAUCGAUCUUACCCGGAAUAUUGGCACUGCUGAGAGUUUGGGGUGAUGUAAUGGCGAUGUCAGACAACUUGCAGAUCGGACUGCCAUUCACAGCGACCGGUAUAAAAUAUAUCAUCAUGUGGUUUCGCAGAAGUGAUCUCGUGCCGAUUAUAAAUAUGAUCGUGGAGGAUUGGAUGAGGGAGAAAACGGCGCAAGAACGAAAUGCCAUGAUAAAGCAAGCAAGAUUUGCCAGAGCGAUCGUCAUGUUCGGGGCUAUCGCGAUGUCUUUCGCAUCCAUCGUCCUUAUCAUACCUCCGUGCUUUGGAUACACGUCAAGAUAUUUGACAAAUCUCACAGAUCCUGUGAAAGAAAGACCGUUUCUGUUGCAAACGUACUACUUGCGAGACUCGUCGCAGAGCCCGUAUUACGAAAUCGCAUUCACCGCCCAGGCCAUAUCGAUUGUGAUGGCCGCGAUUUCUUACACGGGCAUCGAUACCUUCCUGGGCCUGGUUGUAUUUCACAUAUGUGCUCAGCUGGAUAUUCUCAAAGAGCGAAUGCUCAAUUUGAAUAACUUCAAAGACUUUAGGACCGGAUUACGCUUUAAUAUCAAGGAUCACCUGCGUCUUAUCAGAUCCGUCGAUGUCAUCGACAACACGUUUAACUUGAUGCUCCUGGCAUUGUUAGUGUUUUUCGCUAUGCUAUUUUGUCUCCAAGGAUUUCUGAUAGUUAGCAUCAUUGACGGGGAAGGCGAUCUUUCUUAUAUGCGAAUAUGUUGGCUUGUUUCAAUUCUUAUUAAUACAUUCGUUCACAUGUGCCUGUACUGCGUGGUCGGAGAAAUUCUUAUAGCCAAGGCGGAAGGAGUGUAUUACGCGGCGUAUAACUACGAGUGGUACUUGUUGGAGCCGAAAGAAGCCAAAAAUCUACUAAUGAUAAUGAUUCGCGCUGAAAAACCUUUGUACAUUACUGCAGGCAGAAUAUUUCCCAUGACAUUGUCCCUGUUUUGCAGUGUAAGACACGUCUUUUUUGAUAAAAACAUCAGCUGGUUAUAUAUCUGUAUUGCUCGCUAA